AGAGAUUGUCUAAUUGGUUGUCAGUCAGCACCUCAGCUUGUGAAAAACUAUGCCCUGCUCCCCAUUCCCCCCUUUGCUAGAUCCCUUGCAUCAAAAGCUUCAAAGCAAUCGGAAAAAACACAAUCUGAGGUCUGAAUCUGAGAAGAAAGGUUUUUAACUUGUGUGCUUACAUUCAUAAUCAGCAAUAAACCAAAGAAAGGUCUUCCAUGCUAUUGCCACUUGGUCUGCAUGUUUGAUUUGAGCUAUAAUUUAGACUAAUCAGCAAAUGUAAGUUUAAUCUUCCUUUUUCUAGUAAGGCAGUUACUUGUUGUAAGGAUCCUGAAGAAGGAUUCAUUAAAAAGAUGAUAAAUUUCUAGCCAUCUUGUCUUCCUUUGGAUGGUCAGACACAGGUCAAUUUAUUUCAUUAAAUUCAGGGAUGAAAUUCCCGUGAGGCAUUGGCAAAGGAUGAAAUAUUAGCCCAGUAAAUCCUUUGCUGGAGAAAAAUCCAUCUGCUAAGGGUUUUCUUUAUUGCUGCUAGGGAACAAUAAUAAACUUAUAAUUAUCUCAAUUAGCCUUACAUUAGCCAUAUGGUUACUGGUUACAAUUCACAUAAUAGCUGCAAAUUAUGUUCUCUACAAGCUAAGAAAGAAGUAUUUACCAUUGAGGACCCCUUUGAUUCUCCUACAUACCACAUCCCUGAAAAACCAGUGACGUUUACUGAGGGUGCUGGCUACAGUGUCGUAAUUCUUGCAGGGCUUGGCAUUGCAGCUGCUGCAGGAUAUGCUGUUUUCAAGGAGCUGAUCUUUGAACCUAAAGAGUAUAAGAUUUUCAACAAAGCUCUGAAAAGAAUUCAAGAUGACAGUCAGGUAAGGGUGAGACUUGGGCAUCCUAUUACUGGCUAUGGCCAAGAAAGUAGAAACCGUGCUGCUUGCCAACGCAUUCCUAAUAGAGCGUAUAUGGAUGAAGAUGGAGUGGAACAUGUUGAGAUAGAACCAUUACUUAAACAUCAUGAAAUUCUUUCACAUUUGGUGGCUAUACCCUUAACUCAAGGGAUGUGUAAAUAUCGAUCUGUGAUUUACAUGUCAUUCCUUCCUGAACAGGUUAAUUUCUACAUCCGCGGUCCCCAUGGAUUUGGCAAAGUUUUUGCUAGUAUGUUCAAAGACCAAACAGACAAACAAUGGAAAUACACAUACCUGAUUGUUCAAAUCACUUCACCUUCCCGAGUAGAGCUAAUGCUGGAGUCAUAUUUGCCAGCAUACAAGCCCACCAGCAGCUGAGUUUAGGUUCUCAUCUCUUUUGUUUCUGCUGUUUGGUACAUAACUCGAUCCUGCUACCAGUCAUCCAGAAGUUCCAAUUCUUCUAGAAGAAAAAUGGUCCAGCUAUGUUUCCCAAGUCCCAGUUUUGAUCUCUCUGGUUUAGCUUAAGAGAAACAUAAAUGACAUGCAGAGAUGGGGAAAAUAUGUCUGGGAUUUCGCCCAUUUCUCUUUUAAGCCCUCCAUGACUAUGUUUCAGUGUGCAUUCACCAAAAUGAAUGCUUAUUAAUCUGCAACUGAUUUGACAUACCAUUUGGCAAAUUCAUGAUGAAAAGAAGUUUACAAUCAAUAAAUAUAGAGACUUGUU